AUGGAUUAUGAAUUUUAUCCCUUUUACCGAGUCCGAAGUGUAGAAAAUGUUAUUUUACCAAUCGAAGCGGGACCAAACUUAUUAUGUGAAACGCAAAACUUGUUUAAAGUGUUGUAUAAUUUUCAGCAGAGAUUAAAGGAGAUGGUCACGCUUCUGGACAAAAUGGAUAAAACUGCCCAAUAUAAUGGGCCCAAAACUCCCGAUUCUAACUUCAAAGUUCAAAUAGGUAUAUUUAAAACGCC